AUGAACAACAACAAGGACGAGGGCGCGCAAGGCGUGGCCAAGGGAGUCACCUCCACCGUGGGCAAUCUGACCGGUGGCCUGACCAAGACGCUCGGUGGCGCCGUUGGAGCGGUGGGCAAGGGCGUGGGAGACACCAUCAACUCCACCACCGGCACCACGCAAGUUGGCGAUGGAUUGAAGGCGGUGACGGGAGGCGUCGACUCCGGCUCUCAGAACUUUGGCAAAGCCGCGGAGGAUGCGGGCCAGUGGAAGACUUCUUGA